AUGCCCUCCCCCUUAACAACGACCCUAAUCCAAUCCACCCUCCUCAACGCCCUCUCCAACAUCCUCGCCCAAAUAAUCGCCCAGCACAAAAAAGACGGUCCAUUCACCCUCAACACCCUCGCCCUCCUCCAAUUCCUCACCUACGCCAUCAUCAUCGUCCCCAUCAACUUCUCCUGGCAGAAGUAUUUGGAGGCGAGAUGGCCGGGAUUCCCGGGGAGGAGCAGGCCCGUUGCUGCCACUGCUGCUGAGGCCAAGGGUGGCGCUGGUGCUGUCGUUGUGACGGUUGAUCCGGGGGAUCUGCUCCCUGUCAAGGAGAAGGAGAAGCACGACCCGCACCGGGUAUCAGGAGCACGAUGGCGCUCGCGCUCCGGGCUGGGUAAUUUCCUAAUGAAAUUCUUUCUCGAUCAGACUGUUGGGUCGGUGAUGAAUAUUCUCUUGUUUAUUGUUUUGAUUAAUGUGCUCAAGGGAGUGGGAUGGAGGAGGAUCGGCGAGCUGGUCCUUGAGGACUUUGGGCCGAUCAUGAUUGCGCGGCUUAAGUAUCGGCCUGUUGUGUCGGCGUUGUUGUAUACGGUUGUUCCUGUGGAAAGGCGCGUGGUGUUUGGGAGUGCCUGUGGGGUUGUCUGGGGGAUCUAUUUAAGCCUGUAUGCUGCUGUGUAG